AUGCCAGAUACCCCUAAGUUAUUUAUGAAGCUAAGGUACGGAAUCCCCUAGGUUCAGCACUAUGGUCAGGAUGGAGACCUAAAUUUUAUGGUAAUAGAUAUUCUCGGCCCUUCACUUGAAGAUUUGUUUAAUUACUGCGGUCGCUAAUUUACUCUUAAGACUACAUUGAUGCUGGUAACAUAACUUGUUGAGAGGUUCAAGUACAUUCACAAGAAAACUUUUGUGCAUAGAGACAUAAAGCCUGACAAUUUUCUUAUGGGACUCAAAGAUAAAUCACAUGUCGCUUAUGUGGUAGAUUACGGACUCGCUAAGAGAUUUUACGAUCCUAAAGCAAAAACUCAUAUUCCAUAUAGAAACGAUAAAAGCUUAACAGGGACAGCAAGGUAUGCCUCUAUUCAUGCUCAUCUUGGUGAAGAACUUUCAAGAAGAGACGAUUUAGAGGCAGUUGGUUUUGUAAUGCUAUACUUCUACAAGGGAUAACUGCCUUGGUAAAACCUCCCGGCUUUUAGUAAAUCAGAGAAGUACAGACGGAUCAAAGAGACUAAAGUUGCUAUCACAUUAGAGGAGCUAUGUUAAAAUAGUCCGAAUGAGUUUUUGACAUACCUUAAGCAUUGUAGAAAUCUUUAAUUUGAAGAAAAGCCUAAUUAUGAACUUCUUCAAAACACAUUAAAUGAUCUUGCAGAAAAGGAGGGUUUGGAUCUCAACGAUAAAAUUUACGAUUGGGUUAUAAAAGAUUAAAAAGUUCCAAGAAAUAAUCAAAUUUUAUCUUAAAUUGAAGGACAGACUAAUCCACAGGAUAAAAAACAUGGAGAAGAGUAGUAGCAAAUAAGGUAGGAAAGCGAAAAAAAGGAAUUCUAAUUUGCAAGUUUUCUAGAUGCCUAGCGUAUAAUAAGAGGAGAUCAGCUUCGGAAUAUAAUAAUGGACAUUGAUCAUUAAAAGGGAGGAAAUAUCAAUUAGAAUCUCAAGCAAGAGUAUAAGGAGCUUCGAGAAAGAGGUUUCAAGCGUAAGCAAGCAUAGAAUGUACUCGGGGUUGAAACAUUUAAAAGAGAAGGUCCAAAUAUUAACCAGAACAAAAGAUGUAAAUUGAAUGAGUACAAAAAAAAUUGUGAGAACGAAGCUGUUCUUAAUUAGAAUGCUUAGUAAAUUCCUCUAUAAAAAAAUAACUUCAAGCCAAUCCCUAAUAAUCUUGAUAACAAGUCAAGUGAGAUAUAGGAGGAGAUAGCUAUGGAAGAAGGAUCAAUAGGUGUGAUGGAUUCAAAAUCAUUUGGAGCUAAGCCAUCUAAAUUUCAGACACACCCUAACAAACGAAAGAACAAAGUGAUAAUAGUUGAUGAUGAAGAGGAAAAAGAGUUUGGGAUGCAUACAUCAAUUGACAUGAAUGUGAGAUCAAGAACAUAGAAUAAUCAAAAUAGAAUUAUAUCAUAAUUCGGCUUGAUGGAAGGGUCGAGUUACCAUCCUGGAAACGGUAAUUUUAAUUUCCAAGGUGCCCCUGGAAUGCAUGAUCAGACUCCUGAUAGAGUCAAUGCUCUUGAUAAUCUUCUAGGUGUUUAAGGGUUCGGUGAAUUCAAUUAGGCUUAGAAAGCUGGCUUAGUCUCAAUAAAUAAUGGCUUUGACAGAUCAAAAAGUACUCAAAAUUAACACGGGCAUUAGAUAUAAGAUGCUGAAGCAAAUAUUGAGCUUAAGAAAAUAGGAUUUUCAACAAAUAAUUUACCUGAUCCUGAUAAAAAUAAGUCUAACCAAUAAUAUAAACUAAAUCAUUUCCAGAAUGAACUAUAGCAAAAAUUAAAUAAAACAUAGUAACAUCAAAAUAUAUCAGAAAUUAAAAACUUUAAUGCUAGUUCUGCAAAUGACCUUAGUGUUCAAAAUAUCUAGAAUCAAUUGUUAAAAACAAUAAACUAACAUAUUGUUGCAGAAAAAAAGAGCGAUUGUUUAAUUUUUUGA